CAUCGACAAAGUCGAACGUGAUUCGAAGAUGGCGAUAGAAGGGUAGGGUUGAACGGAUGCUUCGCGAGGAAGCCUUCUUCUUGCUGCGGCAGCUGAUAUUUCGAGUCUCGCUGUGUCUGCCUGGGAAGUUCAAUGCGUUGCACAAACGUGUGUCACGUCGCGAUGAAACGAGAGCACGGGGUCUAUGUCUAUAGCGAGCCUCUCUAUGCAGACAGGAAUAUUCAUGAACAAACGCACGCACAAACUUAUGUGCUUGCGAAAGAUCGCAAGCUUGAUCUAAUUGUAAGCGAGAGACACGGGAAAUGGUUCGAGCUUAAGCAAUCGGUUUAAUUUAUUCCGUCCCGACCCGACAAGCGACAAGGUUUUCAAUUGUUUAGCUUUCUUGUUUCAAAGUACUAAUAAAAUUAAUCUUAACGUAAAUCAACUUAUGCAACUGGAAUUAACGUUGCGUAGAAUUAUUUAUCAUGGCGCUUAUUAUGGAAACGGUUUGCGAAAGAUUGGAAUUACGAAGAACACGAUCUCAUAGAUUCUUAAACUUUUUCAAUACUUAUUUCAAUUAAUAGAAGUGUUGUAUUUUUUUGCUUCACAUUUAUCUCGGACGAUUUCGUAUACAUCUCAUUGGAAUUAUUCAUUUACACUUUGUACUGUGCAAAAAGUUUCACAAAAUAAUAUUCUUCUCAUCACUCGAUAAUUGAUGACCGUAGUUAAGUUUACCGUACAAAUAAGCUACGAGAUCAUAAGUUCAAAACGAAUUACUAUUUAUUGUGAUUUCACGGUUUUUCAAUGUAUUGUUAUAGUAAAACAAUGGAAUUCUAUUGCCGAAAUUUAGUGAAGUUGCGUUUAUAAUAAUGAGUGUAUCGCAAUAUUCGUAAACGAAAGCGCAUGAAGUCCGCGAUAUUUUUAAAAAGGUGCAUCGUACAUUAAUCGAUUCAUUGACUGAUUGAUCGAGACGCUUGAUUUAAUUGAUAAAAUCACAAAUUCACUUCAAAUUACAAGAUAAUAACUUGAGUAGAUUAAAAGCGACGAAGAAAUACCAGCGGUAUUUCUCUUGGUUUCUUUCAGAUGGUGGUGGGUUCUUCAGUUUUCACGCUAACCAUGGGACAGAUUUAAAGGGGAAAGGCUGUAUGACUACUAACACGAUUUACUAAUCGAGACAGAAGUGACGUACAAAUGUCUCUGCGAUUAAUGAAAAAAAGAAAACGGAGUACUCUUGUUCGCGGAAAGUUAACGCGCGUGCAAUCUAGUCAAGACAGGAAGACUUACUUCUUAAACAGGAAAUUAUGACGAGUCGUCGAGAUAAGAAAAGAUUAUACGACGAACUCGAAACGUGCAAGCGCAAAUAUAUAGAAGCACGAUAAACGAAUUUCGCCAAAUCGAGAUUUUAUCUUCGCACUUACGACGAAGAGAAAAAAAGUAAACCUGAAGAUUCCGCAUCGGUGAUCGCGCCACGAAAAUAACGAUGAAACAUCGUUCCUAUUCAAUAGUAUUACCAAAGAAAUCGUUAAUCGUAGUUGUAUCACCGAGGAAAACAGUAACAAAUAAGAUUACAAUUAGGACUGAAAGAUAAAAAAAUAUAAAAAUCACACGAGAAAUUGUUGCGUCAAAUGCGUAAAUGAAAAAUGAAAUGCAUAAACAGUACGACUGGUGAACAGCUCGUGCGCGCAUGCUGCUAGAAGCAACAUCCUCUGAAAUCGUGAAGCAUAUCAAAUCGUCUGGUAACAUCGAUGCACCUUUGAUCGUAUCCUUUGAUAUUCAUUCAACAAACGACGAUCAUUUCGAUACAGAUAGAGAACAGUGCAAAAUCGUUGGAUAACGCCGCAUUGAAUAUGUAGUCAAGUAACACAUGGCAUGAAAAUGGUCUCCGGAAAAUUAUAAAGAAUCGAGAGUAAAGGGUUGGACGAAUGAAAAGGACAAAGAAAGAGAAUGUUAGGGCGGAGGGGUUAAAUUCGGACCGAUAUCGACCAAGCACAAAUUGCGCUUGCGUGGAAAAAGGCGCGCAAUCGCCGUCAAGGAAACAGAGCUACGGGGAAGAGGCAGUCAGUCGAUCGUCGCGACGACCAGCAUCGAGGAGUAACAACCCUGUCGUUUCUCCUACACGUCGCUCUUAUACAUAUACAUAUGUAUGGCCGGCGUAGUUAUUUCGCGAUUGACAUUCCUCCUGCAAACGUCGAUCGUUUUUUUCAACAAGAAGGGGAAACUCCGUGUAUUCACGCACAUAUACACGACCUAUAUGUUAAUUAAACUUCUCUUCUAAAUUCUUGACCGACGUUGAACUCACUUCCGACUUCCGUUCUUAGCUCGCUCGAUACUUCUCUCAGUCCGUACUUCCGAGACUCUCGGUGAUUCCAAUGCGCGCAACAACUAAGUGCGUGUUCUCAGAGAGCUAACACAUAAAGGAAAUUAUCGUUUUUAUACGUGAAUUGGAAUCGUAAGUAAGAAGGGGAAAAGUACGCGCCCGGCAGUUUCUUAGAGAUGAUCGUUCCUCCUUGUCAUUCUUCUUACUCUAUUCGCCGUUUAUAUUAUUCCUUGGAUUUCGAUAAAUAUUAGGAUUGGAACUGUAUUAAUUCGUAUUGAGGCGAACUAAAAAUUAAGAAUAUUUCGAGUCGGUAAUAUUAAUAAAUCGUGUAAGAGGCGCCGGAGUGAGUGAAUGAAAGAGGAAAGAAAACGCAAAUAUAGAGGGUAGAGUAGGAAGAAGGAGGGAGGGAGAGGGAAUAUUGAAACGAUAAGAGUACGAUAACCGAGUAGUUACUUCACGAACGUGCGCAUGUGCCUCUCUGCCUCUCCUGUUCCUAACGACAUUUACAAGAAAUAAACUCUGCGCUAAAGCUAGAAUCAAACCCAAAAAUGAGUGCAUUACACGAUUUUAAGACUGACUAAAUUUUAAAUGCUAAAAGUAAUAGAAUUUCUAAUUGACUCGCGUUUCGAUAAUUAAUGUAUCAGCAUCGAAGUCUCUUGAAAGUAAUCGAGAUAGAGGACAGGCGGUAUAGAAGAAAAUUCAUUAUAAAUGGCUACGAUCGAUAUGCAACAGACUAUUUCGAGUCAAGUGGCUGAAAACGACCAACUGCAGCAAGAGGAAGUUCAACUCACGGAAUUGUUGCCGGUGAAACAGUCACGAAUCAGAGAAAAUGGUGUUUAUAAAAAUUCAGACGCAACCGAUGCCUUGAAACUACUUCAGAGUUUCACCACCGAUAGUUGUAUCGAUCACGUCGAGCACGAACUUCGUUCACAAAAUUCGCCGUUUUGUAAAAGAAUCGGACAAACUGAACAAGGAAAACAGGAUAAUGAUAAACAGUGGCAGGGAGAUAAAGUGCGAAGGAGGAAAAUCCGUGUGUGCGAUAAAUAUAUGAUCGAUGGUAUCGAGAACGGUGAGAAAGACAAAACUGACAAUCAAAAGUCCACGAUUGAAACCAGAUUGAGGGAUAGAAGACGAAAGCGCGUGAUUACAAAAUCGAUAAACGAUAGUGAUUCAAAAUCACGAAAAGAGAAGGUCGCGACGGAUAAAAUUCAAAAACAUGAAAUUAUAUUUGUACAAGAUGAUAAAGGAGAUCUGUCAGAAUUUAACGAACAAGAAGAAUCGAAGACUUAUUUGGAUCUUGACAAAAACAGUCAUUUGAACGAUGAAAUUUAUAUAUCUGGUCGUGAAAUAGUAGAUGAUAGACAAAGACGACGGAUAAGCUCGGACGAUACUGGAAGAAUUUGUGAAAAUGAUUCUUCGAGGACUACCGACGGUGCGCUACUCGAACGAGUUGGGAUUUCUUCAGACAUGAAGAAAAAUACAAGAAUGUUGCUGGAGAAUUCAUUUAAUGAAUCAAAGAUAGACGUUCAAACGAUAUCACUGAAUUGUGUCAUUGAGAAUGAGAAUAAUAAUUCGAGUCGAUUUAGGGUUGAAGAGAAUUAUACGAACGAGUCAGAUACUAUUGAUAACGUGGCUCUCAUCGAAUCAUCGUUGUCAUCAUCAUCUUCGUCUUCAAAAAAGGAAAAUGUAAGUGACAGUGAAAACGGGCGGAAGGGUAUGGUGCUGAGACGUGCCGCGCGUGGUGCUGGAACAUCGUCGCAGAAGAAUGAGGAGAAGAAUUAUUGUUGCAUUCUAUGUGACGCACGAUUCAAAGGUAGCGCUGGUCUCCGUAAUCAUUACAAGAUAGCACACGAAACUGGACCGAGUUUCAAGUGCGACUAUUGCGGUAAAGAGUUCCCUUUGAAGGAACGAGUGAAGUUACACAUAAGAAUUCACACCGGAUUCAAGCCGCACAAAUGUGUGGACUGCGGAAAGUGUUUCGCUAGAGCAGGACAAUUAGUUUCACAUCGUUCCACUCACAGUCAAAUAAAGCCAUUUCGUUGCGAAUUAUGUCCCGGUAUGUUCACGUGUGCUGCGAAUUUGACGCUACACUUAAAACGGCACAAUGGUCAAAAGGACUACAAGUGCGAGCUUUGUGGUCGAGCGUUCGUUCGCCGAGAUGCACUCAAAAAACAUCUCGAUUGCCUCCACAGGGACGUGAAAUCGUACUUUUGCGCGAUCUGCAACAAGACAUUCAAGGGUCACUUACCUCAACACAUGAGAACGCACGCGCGCGACCGACCGCAUGGUUGCGCCACGUGUGGCCAACGAUUCGCACAAAAAUCACAACUGACCGUUCAUCAGAGAACGCAUUCGGGGCAGAGACCCUUCAGGUGUCUAGUAUGCUGGCAGGCGUUCGCCCAUUCAACGGCGCUUAAACUUCACACGCGAAGACACACCGGCGAAAGACCGUUCAAGUGCGCCGAAUGUAACGCAGGUUUUACGCAACUACCCCAUUGGAAGAAACACAUGAAGUGUAUACACGGAAGGGACGACCCGUACAACUGCAAAAGGUGUAACACUUUCUUUAAGAUGAAGAGCGAUCUCGAGAGCCACGAGAAGACUUGCCAAGCUGGAUCGGAAAGCAAACUCGGAACUUCGGAUAAUUGUAACAAGGACACGGUGCCCGUGAUAACGAUCUCGCCGGCCAUACAAUCGACGCCACAGGUGGUUCCCAAUGAGGUCGUUACCGAUAAAUCUUUGCCGCCAACUGCGAAGUACAAAGUAAUGACUGUUGCGAGGAUGAGACUGUUGCUCGCUGUGCUUCUCAAGAGGAUCAGCAAACAAGAACGACUCGACGAAUUGGGAUUCGGUAAACGAUUGAUCGAUAAUGUUCUCCACGAUUGCUUGAUAUCUGCCGGCAAAGAUCCUGUCCCGAGCAACGGUCUCUCGGAACACGAACGUCUUACCAAGAAUCUUGAGAUAUUUCUCAAGUGGACGGUACCCAAAGAACACUGGGAGAAGUUCCGCAAGUUAAACAAAACUCCCGAGGAUAUAUUAGAAACGCUUACUACUACGUAAAUGAACUUUAUUAAUUCAAUGCCAAUUAAAUCAAAUGAUAAUUGCCAUUACAUAUUUACCAAAGAGUAACAAGAAAUAAGUUAUCUUAAACCGCCAUGGAAAUUACAAUUUAACCCUGAAACAGAGGCUUUUUUUUUUAAUUAAUUGUUAAAGACUGCUUUGGAAAUGAACGAUCCUCGUAUAUAAAAAAUUUUUCUAUUAUUUUUCUACGUAAUUGGUAGGUAAAAAUAAGUAUAGACGAAUUGCAAAAAUAACUGUGAAGUGGUGAAGGAAAAACGUGCACUUGUGUAUAUGUGUGCGCUUGUAUGUCUGUGACCAUUUCAGUUAUUGUUUGUCGUACUAGUAGGUACAUAUAGAGGUGAGAGUAGGGAUGAUAGAGCCUUUAGUAAUUGUUUAUUAAAAUCACGAUGCACGGAUGGCUUUGUGUAUACUGCUAUAUAACGAUAUUGGUAUUUGCUAGUCGAAAGUGCAAACGGCAAUAUUUUUAAUAAUUAUCCAGUAACAAUAAUGACGGUUUCUCAUUUUAUACCAGUUCAUUCUCUUUAGAAUACAAAAUCAUAAUUAAGGAAUUGGCUAAAUUGAUAAGCUUAAAUCUUAGAUCGAAUGAACUUCGAAAUCCAUUCUAGAUCUUCUGUAUAUGAUAAAUUAAUUGCACGAGUGCCAUGCCGUUCGUAUGAACAAUUUAAGAACAUUUAGACGUUUACGUAAAAUUAUUUUGUGAUUUAUGUGUAACGAAUGAAUUCACGAGUUGAUCCUCGUUCAUCUGCCAAUGCUUAAUGAUAUCUGGUAUUAUUUUAACGUUUUUAAUGCGACGCGAUUUUCAUCAGGGUUGCCUAUGCCUUUUGCUUCUUGCCCUAGUUAAAUGUUAAUCAUUUUUUUACUUGUUUGUAUUAUUUGCUCGGAGGUACGUAUUCAUCGUGAUAUGUAUUUAUAAAAAAGAUACAUACGCGUAAAGGUGAUUAAGAAACUCAUGUAGUACAAACAAGUAACAUUUUCUUCUAGCCAAUGCAUAGUAUUCAUUGUAGGAAAAUAAAUAUUCACUUUGUAACCGAAGGAAAAGAGAAAACUUUCUGAUACAUACGCUACAUGUAAAUGUAUUCAAGUGCGACUUUACGAAAAUCAUUCAAAUAUCUUUUAUACUUGAAGAGGCUAAAAAAAUCAACAUACGUUUCAGUUUCAUUAACAUUUGCAGUUUCACCAUCCUUAUUAGUAUCACAAAAGUAUGUAUGAUAAAAAUACGUAACUUCAUCGAUUUUUCGUUCUUGCCAUUUUUACAUGAAAUGCAAUAUGCAACAUAUAGUAUAUCUAUUUGUAUUAUUGUUAUUAUUAUUAUCAUUAUUAUUAAAAUGCAAUAUGUGUAUAGUAUCGAGAAAAAUUAUUACACAUUUACAGUAAUAAUUAGUUUGAUUCUCUUUUGCUGUCCUUUUUAUCGCUUGAUAUAAAUAAGAUUAUUUUCUAAAUAUAAGAUAACAUAUGGAAUCAUGGUACGUUAUUAUAAAUCAAAGAUCAUAAUGCUAGUCAAAGACUGCAAAGAAUUACUGCAUUAAAAUUGUCGUGAUUUUGUCCACUAUACUGUACACAUUCACGUUUUCUAACGUGAAACUUCUUUGUCUAAGCCGCGUAUUAUCACGGGCCUUUUCUUGUGUUCAUUAUAUUGCGUAAUUAUUACUAGUGCAUAUUCAUUAAUUUCAAUACGUAACCCUGGAUAUCGAUGUUGAUACGUUAACUCGGUUAAUCGAUCGUAAACACUGUAGUUUGGAAAUGUGACAUCUUUUAGAUCGGUAUAAGUAAAUGUGAGCAGACAAUAAUGAUGAAGGUUGCAAAAUUAAUAUAAAUGAAGAAA